AUGGAUAGCCUCAGUAGAAUUAAUAUUAUCGAAAUAUUAGAAUCUUCGGAAACAGACAUGAGUGACAUUGAAGAUAUCCCGAGAGAAAGAAUUGUAAGAACUAGGAGGCUUCCCUUGAUUGAACUAGAUGAUCUAGAGUUCGAAAGAAGAUUUAGAAUAAAUAAAAAUACAUAUAGGCGACUGGAAACUGUAUUGCAAAAUGUUACAGAACCGAUAAAUGAAAGGAACCAGCCAAUCUCAAAAGAAAACCAAAUCUUGAUGUGGGGGCUAAAAGUUGAAACUAUGUGUGAGGUUAUUGUGGCAACUGCUGUGCUGCACAACAUGUGCUUAGAACAGAAUGACACUAUCGAUUUUUUUUUGAGAAUGGACCUGAAAUGUAACAAAUUGAAGAGAUCCAGGUCCGAAUUGGAUCUCAAAAUACUGCAGCAAGAGACUCAAUAA